UUAAAUCUUUCUCUAUAAGUAAGAGAAGAAUCAGAUUAUUAAAUAAUAGAAAAAUACCUAAGUAUCAAAAAAAUAUAUUAAUGUCUCAGUCGAAAAAAAUAACAAAAACUACACAAAAUCAUGGACAGACUAAUCGGGCAAUUCCGAUUUCUUUAAAUCGAAACUCAAGUAUUUUGAAUGUAGGAAGUCAGUUCAAACUUGGUAAAAGGUUCGGAAAAGGUAAUUUUGGGGAAAUUAGGCUUGGAAAAAAUCUUAUGAACAAUGAAGAAGUGGCUAUCAAGACGGAAUCAAUUAAAUCUAAAAUGCCUCAAUUGUCACUAGAAUUUAGAUUAUAUAAAAUAUUGGGAGCAACAGACAAAUAUCAUACAAUUAAUGGUAUUCCAAAAGUAUUCUAUUAUGGAAUGGCAGGGAAAUUAUACAAUGCAUUGGUUUUAGAAUUGUUAGGGCCGUCACUAGAAGAUUUAUUCACUAUGUGCAAUAAGAAGUUCACCUUAAAAACUGUUCUAAUGAUUGCUAUUCAAACAUUACACAGAAUUGAAUAUGUGCAUAGAAAACGUUUAAUAUAUAGAGAUGUAAAACCUGAAAAUUUUGUUAUUGGUAGACCAUCACUGAAAAAAGACAACAUAAUUUAUAUUAUUGAUUUUGGAUUGGCUAAAGAAUACCAAGACGCACAAACAAAUAAACACAUUCCUUAUAAAGAGAAUAAAAAUCUCACUGGAACAGCUCGAUAUAUGAGUAUUAAUACUCAUAUGGGAAAAGAGCAAAGUCGGCGAGAUGACUUAGAAUCUCUUGGUCAUAUGUUUAUGUACUUUUUACGAGGCUCCUUACCUUGGCAAGGAUUAAAAGCAAACAAUCUUAAAGAGAGGUAUCAAAAAAUUGGUGAAACCAAAAGAAGCACACCAAUUGAAUCACUGUGUGAAGGAUAUCCAGAAAUGGCCGAAUAUUUGAAAUAUUCCAGGAAUCUUGAUUUUUCUGAAGAACCAGAUUAUGAAUAUCUUCGAAAAAUUUUUAACGAUUGUUUGAAAAAUAAUUCUUUAACAAAUGAUCAAAAAUUUGAUUGGACUGAUAAAUUAGUUAGGCCACAAAAAUGCUGACUUAUUGGAUUAUACGCACUAAAUUAUUACAGCUUGAAAUUUUUGUUAACAAAAUCAAUUAAAUAAAAAUAGUUUACUAACUGAGCAUAAGAUUAUUAAAGUUGUAAUACUAUAUACUAUAUACAUUACUAUAUAUACAUUGUAUAUAUAUAACUAUUCAAACUACUAUUAAUACUAAAAAUUUGUCAAAAUUACUUUAAAUUUGCUAAUUAUAGUAUAUAAAUGACUUUUAAAAAUCAUGAGUAUUUAAAUCAUUAAGCUACUUAAUGGUAGGCUGAAAUGAAAAGGCCCGGAGUGCAAAUAUGUUUUACUUUUUAUUUAUAAUUUUCUAAACUAUAAUUUUUGGAACUCACUUCAGCACUCCCUAAAUGUCUAAUGCUUAUAAUGACUAAAUGAAAGUGUAAAAUUUUAUUUAAUCCAAUAUUGAUUAUUACACACAAUUACAAUUAUUUUUUCAAAUAGACUUAGAUGGUAUGGUCAUGCUAUGACGAGAGAGGAAACGGAAGCUGUAAGAACAGUUAUAGAAAUGAAUGUUAAAGGAAGAAGAGGUAGAGUAAGACCAAAAAAAAGAGACGGAGGGAUGUAAUUGAAUGCGUUAUGAAGGCGGCUGAUGUGAACAUAGAUGAUGUGGUGGAUCGUGUCAAGUGGAAGUUUAGGAUAAGGGUGGCCAAAUAGUUGGAAUUAAGGCGAGGAAAAAGAAGACGACACAAAAUUACAAUUAUUUAGUCUAUAGAUAGCAAAUAUAAUAAUUUUGUAUUUUUUCCUUAUAUUUUGUCCCAAAUUAUCGCUAGGCAUAAAUCUAUAACUCGUAUUUUUCGUCAAUUAUAAAAUGAAUA